AUGAAGCAGCAUGAGGAUGAGCGGCUCCAAGCUUUUCUCACCCAGUUCAACCUCGUUAAAAGCAUGGUAAUGGAGUGUCACCUGUCAACAGCAGUCCAAGCAUUUAAACUCGCAAUGAACCCGGGGACACCGUUCCAUACCAGCUUGGUGGUUAAUAUGCCAAAGACAAUGGACGAGCUGAACGAGAGAGCUGACGGUUUUGUUCGCCUCGAGGAGGAAGAAGCAGCUAAUUCAAGGAAGACGUCAAUUAUUUCGACGGAGGAGAAGUCCAAAGCCAAGAUCCGGAACCUAAGGAGGCAGGUAGAGAUGCUGAUCGCAAAGGGGGAGUUUGCAAGCUAUGUUCAGGGUCCGGCGCAAGAGCAUAACCGCCCGACUGAACAAAUCAAGCGGAACCAGAGGCCGAACCAACACAACUCCCAGCCCGUCCGAAUUAUAAAUGCAAUUCAUGGCCGGCCUGAACAAACGACGGAGUUGCUCAGGACGAGGUUACGCCAGGCCCAGCUGAAAAGAAGAAUUGGUAGUGUGCGCGCUUUACACCAGCAGAACACGUCCACGUCGAUAAAGUUUGAUAAAACGGACCUACUACGCGUUCAGAUUCCUCAUGAAGAUCCACUAGUCGUUAGUCUAACGAUUACAGAAUGCCUAGUUCGGAGAGUCCUGAUUGAUCCAGGAAGUAGUGCGAAUGUCAUGCCCAGGGUGACGUUCGACCGACUGGAGAUUGAACCCGAAAAACUCAAACCCACAGGGAAUCCGUUGCUCGGAUUUGAUGGGAAGCAAGUGGAACUCAUUGGAAUAGUGGAAUUGACAGUACAAGCCGCUGAGCGGGUUUUGACUGAAAGUUUCGUGGUAGUGGAAAUUUAUCCAUCAUACAACCUCUUGAUGGGCAGAGGAUGGAUUCACAGAAUUCAGGGCAUUCCGUCAACCUUACAUCAAGUGAUGCGAUGUUUGGGUCCGGAUGGGACCAAAGUGAUAGAUAUACACGGGGACCAGGUUGCGGCUAAAGAAUAUGUAUUCGCAUGGAGCCAUUCAGAUAUGCCAGGGGUAAAUCCUGCUGUAUCCUUCCAUUCCCUCAAUGUGGAUCUGAACGCAAAGCCAGUGAAGCAGAAGCAGAGAAGAUUUGCUCCAGAACAAAACCAGAUUAUAGCUGAGGAGGUUGAUCGGCUGCUUGAAGCCAGAUUCAUCAGAGAAGUUUAG